AUGCAUUUUGCUCCUCUUCCUCUUUCUUCCUUACCUGCCUGGUGCAAGUUGAACAAUGUAGAUUUCCUCGAUACUCUUGUUUCCUCAUCUAAGAUAUGCAUACAAGGAGAAAACACCAGCCUGCCAAAUGGUAUUAUCACUACAAAAACGCUGAGCUCAGUAGAUGCGCAUGAUCUGCCCACGUUACUCGACAUCCCUAGUGACCUUAUCCUAGGUAAAGAUUUUCUGUUAGAAAUGGAGAGGGUAGAUCUCCAUUUCAAACAGUUGAGAGAAGCAGUUGGGGGAAAGUCGAUUAGAGAAGACGCGAGGUUAUUCUUAUUGCUACAGAUGACUAUUGCAAGGAAUAAUACGAAUGUGCAGUCAGCAACUGCCCUCAAUGUCGGGGUGAACAAUCCGUGGUCAGAAUAUAUAAGGUUCUUGCCAGAGAAGAUCCCAGUUCCAACCAUGUGGACUGAAGAAGAGAAAACUUUUUUGAGUGGAACGUCUCUAGAAAACUCUCUUGCUAACAAAAUGGUCGCGUUAUCACGAGAUUUUGAAAAUCUGCGCGAGAAGACCAUCCAAAUACCAUGGUGUCACUCGUGUUGGUGGAAAGAAGAUGGUCCAUUACAACCGUUACUACUGUCAGACUGGAUACGAGUUGAUGCUUGGUACAGAUCAAGAAGUCUAGAAAUUGAAAAUGGUGAAGAAGUGAUGGUGCCUGUUCUUGACAUGGUUAAUCACUCAUUCACACCCAAUGCACAUUGGGAACACACGACGAAUGGCAAUGCCUUACUUGUCCUUGCAUCAGAUAUACUCUUGGAUGAAGGAAGUGAAAUAACCAUUAGUUAUGGAGUCAAGAGUGAUGCCGAGAAUCUCUUCAAUUAUGGUUUUAUCGACUCAGAAGUUCCCUUGACAUCAUUAAUUCUGGACGUAGAGCCAAUAGCAACUGAUCCUUUGCGUGUAGCGAAGGUUGCUGCAUUUGGAAAACGCCCAUCCGUUCGUAUCUUUGGCCAUUCGAACGGAGAAACUUCAUGGGAUUGUCCAUUUGUUUACCUUGCGUGUUUGAACGAAGAAGACGGCUUGGAGUUCAAAACUGUGCAGGAAGUUGAUGGCUCACAAUCGUUGAAGGUUUUCUGGCAAGAUGUAGACGUCACAGAAUCUACUGAUAAAUUUGAGAGCUUAAUUAGUGGUCACAAACGCGAGGAUAUUCUCAAGUUUCGAGCGCUAAAUUUGAUGCGAGAUAGGAUUGAAUUGCAAUUAGAGCGUCUUCAAGCAAGCGAAGAAAUAGUGGAAACAUUAUUGGACGGGGAGACGGUCGACCCCAAUACUCAAGCCAAUGCAUUGGAGUUGAGACAGAUAGAGACCGACGUAUUAGGCGUUGCUUAUGGGGCUAUCAAUGAAGAGAUAUCAAAUCUGUCCAAAGUCUCAAGUAUUUCUCAACUUCUGACAUCGGUGCAAGUGGAUACGAAACAUGAUGAUCCCAGCGCAGAAAGCAACGAAGAGGACGACUUUAGUUGA